AUGAUAAAGGAGACUAACCCUGGGAGUUAUGCACUGAUCACAUGGCAUAGUGAUCCUGGGGAUGUACAACCACAAUUUAAGGCUUGCUUUUUUUCCUUUGGUGCACAAGUAAAGGGAUUUCUUAAGGGGUGUAGGCCAAUAAUAGGAAUUGAUGGAGCUCACCUCAGUGGGUUUUUCAAGGGGAUUCUUCUGUCAGCCUUGGGGAUAGAUGGCAACAAUGAGAUCUUCUUGUUGGCUUAUGGGGUUGUUGACACUGAAAGUCAAGAGAGCUGGAACUAUUUUAUGAGGAACCUUAGGGCACUGUUUGAGAGAGAAGGCUACAGCAGGGAUGACUGGACAUUCAUCAGUGACAGAAUGAAGGGGGUGGAUUUAGCUGUUCAUGAAAACUUCCAAAGGGCUACUAGAAGGUGUUGUGCUCAGCAUCUGUACAUGAAUUGCAAGAAUGGAGGUUGGAGUGGAGAACUUUUCCACAAGAUCUUUUGGAUAGCUGCAAAUGCCUACAACCCCUAUGUUUACAACAAGGCAAUAGAGAAGAUCACUGAGUUUGAUCCAAAUGCAACAAAGUACCUGGACACAUGUACUGAGCAGUGGUCAAGACAUCAGUUUGAUCCAACAGUGUGUUGUGAUCAUAACACAACUAAUUUUGUAGAAUCAUUCAAUGCUCUCACCAAGCCAUACAGGGAUUUACCUUUGUUGUCACUAUUUGAAGCCAUAAGGGAGUGGUCCAUGGAGAGAAUUGGGGUCAGGUUUGAUAAAGCAGCAAACAUGGAGCCUAACCACUUAACAGACUAUGCCAAACAUGAAAUGGAGUUGAGAAGUGCAGAAUCCAGAUUCUGUUACUCUACUGCAUGUGGUGGUGGGGAGUUUGAGGUGAAGGAUGGCAAUGUGAAGUUCCUAGUCAAUCUACACAACAGCACCUGUGGGUGUGGAGUAUGGCAGGGGUCAGGUAUGCCCUGCAAACAUGGCUUGAGGGUCAUCUACAACCAGAGACUUGACCCUGUGGACUUUGUUUCCACUUAUUUCAAGGGUGCUGCUUAUAAACAGGCAUAUGCAGAGCAUAUGAACCCAAUGGCUGACCCUACUCAGUGGCCUGGAUCCACACUGCCCACCAUUAAACCACCUGGGAUCAAGAGGAGUGCUGGAAGACCACAAAAACAGAGAAGGAGGGGUGCCAUGGAAGCUAGAAAGAGGAAGAGGCACACUUCAGUUAAGUGUAGCAAAUGCAAGGAAAUGGGCCACAAUGCAAGGACCUGCAAGUUUGGUGCAGGCACUUCCAAGGCACCACCAAAACAGAGAGCUGCAACAAAAAAGAGGAAAACAACCUCUGAUGAUGCAAGUGUUAGGAUGUCUGCAAUAUGGUUGUUGCUGCACUAUAAGUCGAAUGAUUUUGAUGUUCGGGUUCUGGACACUAAUAGAUGUCAAUUGAUUGACAUUUUCCAAGAUAUAUUUGUGGAAUCAUCUAAGCAGAAUGUAUUUUUGCCUGAUAAGUUUAGGUUGUACACUGAGUCACCCAAAGGGAGGGUAGAAUUGGUAGAUGAUAAUGUGAUGAUGAGAAUGUGGGGGUGGAAUAGGGGGAAGGAUACAGUGGAAUUGUGGGUAGAGGAAACAGAUUCUCCAGGGGUAGCUUUUAGGUCUGCUGUAGCCUUGAUUGAGAUGCAAAGAAAAGAAGAAGAAAAAAAAAAUAAGGGAGAGACAGGAAGAGCUUUUGAGGAUGCAAAGAGAGGCUGA